GGGGACGCGGACUCCGGCGUCGAGCGUCGUCGGUCGGGGAGGCGUCCAGCGGAAGAUGGACUCGCUCCAGAGGAAGAUUGCUGGCGGCGGAGAACACUGGCCCGGCGCAGUCAGUCGAAGAUUCUCGAGGCGAUCGGCGGAGGGCGGAGGGUUUCAGUGCGAGGAAGAAGCGGGCGGCAGCGGGCAGCGAAAGGGUGCUGUCCGCGGAGGAAGUCGCCUUAGCCGCCCGGCCGCUCCCUCCCCAUGGAGCCUCCCUUCCCCAAAUCUGGCCAACAUGAUGACGUGGUGGCUUGGAGUGAAGAUCUCAUGAAGCUCGGAGAUGAAGAUACUAGCCUUCUGACCCUUAGAGCGGUCAGGGGCACUAAAUCCGUGAAAUCUGCAAUGAGCUUGGAUGAUAGAGACAUGAUCCUGGAUGUGGCCUGCUCUGUUGUGAAUGUAUCAGCCACCGAGCCUGAUGGAAAUGUGGUUGUAUACUGCACUGGCAUCAUCACCGAGUAUGAUGAGGUUGGUAAGUGCGCAAAAAUCUUGUCUUCUUCUAGCAUCAUGUGAAGCGAGGAGGGCGAGCUGCGUGACCCAAAUCAGAAGACUUGCAUAUGUGGGCCGGUAAUUGACAAUAAUGGCGAGGUUAUAGGGCUGAUUACCUCACAUCUCCCACAAUCAGCCAUUUUAUCUUUCUCCAUAGCGAAAAAGUGCAUCCAGAUGUGGAAUAAAUUUGGGUAUGUUCCUAUAUUUUAUCGUUUAUAACAAAACUAUAUCAAGGAGACUUUUAGUUAAUGACUAUUCCCAUCCAGAAUUAUUUGGCUCUAGAAUAUCGAUUAGUCUGUGGAACUGGCUUAAUAGAGGUCCAGCAAGGAAUCGUCCCCUGAGUCUUGGUUGGACUUAUCGUCUAGAAUAGGGAGACUCUGAAUCUGUUUGAAUUAUUUGGUAGUCCUAGCAACCAUGAAUACCAUAAGCAUAUUUGCCCAUUUGACUAGGACAUUAAUAGGCUAGAUACCUACUACAAUUUGUGCAAUAUUGACCAGACAUCUGUGCAAGACUGGGAUCCAACUAAUUCUAAGCCUAUUGCCUAAGACUAGCACAAAACUAUUGGUCCGACUGUAACGCCCCGAGACCGAUGUGCCAGGUGUCUUCCAGUUAUUCGUUGUCGUUGCCGUGUCAU